AUGCAACCGCCUCCGCGCCCAUCUUCGACUGUCCCAAUGGGGUCCAUGCCGGGACUCAAUCAGAGAAAGCAGAAUAUAGCAUGUGAUGGAUGUAGAUCCAAGAAAAUACGCUGUUUGAGAACCAGUAAAGAUCAAAUCUGUGAACAAUGUAAAAGUAGAUCAGUAGAAUGUACGAAUAACUACAUCGAUUCAUUGGUCCUUCAAACGAAAUCAAAAUCCAAAAAAUCAAGAAAAAGCUUUACAGAAGAAAAUCAGGAUAAAGACGGCACUGCAAGUAUCACCGAUACCGCUGGUAGUAGAAAGAGGAAAAGACGAAAGAGUAUUGAACGUGAACAAUCAUUAGACCAUGAAAAUGAACAUGAAAACGAAAUUGAAAAUGAAAAUCAAGUAGUAGAUAUACCUCAUACAGUUAGAAGGACAAGUAGUGGAAAUACCGAAGUAUCCAAUUAUGAUCCAGGUGAAACUAGUAAACAAGGAAACUUAAAUACCUAUCAAGAACAAUCGUACGACUCUCUUAAUUCUUCAUGUCAAACAGCUCGUCAUAUACAGAAAUUGUCUAACACCAUUGCUUCAAAUCCUACGACCACAACCCUCAGAGAUGAUACACCAUCAGGUGCCCAGCAGAACCUUCUACGAUAUCUGUUCUCCCCUUACGAUGUAUCUCACAAGCAUUUCAAAUACGAUGACAUCUCAAGUAUACAGUUAUGUAAAGAAGGACAAGCAGAUUUAUGGGAAGAGCAACAAGGUGCGAUAUGGAUGGAAGAACCUAGUGAAGCACACAAAGACAUCGAUAUCGAUAAAAUGCAUGAUUUAGCAGACGAUUUGAUCGACACGUUCUUCUCUAUCGUCAGACCUAGAAUACCGCUGGUAAACCAACGAUUAUUCCGUGAACGAUACACUUCACCCCACGAUCAUCCAUCAGGUCAUAUUCCACAUCCCCUCUUAGCAAUAGUCCUAGCGUGGGGUGCUAAAUUUUCUGAACAUCCCACUAUAUCUGCGGAUAGAGAAGAAUGUUCUUCCCGAGACGGUGAUAGCUUCAGAGGACGACAACGGAGUAGAUUAGUAUCAUUAAUCAUCAUCAGAACCAGAGAAAUAGCCGAAAGGAAUAAGAUCACAAGGAUACCAAACAUGGAGAAUACUUUGAGUUGUUUCUUGCUGGAAAAUCUUUUAGGUCGCUAUCAAGCAAUAUACCUAUCUGCAGCUGUCAAGCACCUCAUCACGUUGGGUUUCAAUUGCUCUAAGAAUUUGUCUGAAAUGGAAGACGAUUACAAACGUAAAGAUGCAGUGAACCUUUGGUUCACUAUCUUCCGGUCUGAUGGAAUUACUUCAGCCUUUCAUAGACUGAAAUCGUGCUUGAUCAACGAUGAUCAUGACCUUGAACCUGAUACCGGUGCUAAAUGGAGUAUGGGUUCAGAAUGGUGUAUACCGCAAAGAGGGGAAAGUAGCUUACUUACGGAUAGAGUAACGUUCUUCACUAUUCAUCAAUCAUUCACAGAAAUCUGUCAUCGCAUCUCUCAAUCAUUGUGGACACCAAAAGCAUUCUCACUAGGUGUUUCUUUGAGGUCACUCCGAGAAUUCAUACAUUCAUCUUCAGUAUGGAGGGAUGCUCAUCUAUCAUCGAUCGGGAUCCCAGCUACUUGGCCUGAGAAUUGGGAUUUCCAACAGGCGAUAACGGCUUGUUCGAUAGAUUGUUAUUAUCACAACUUAUGGUUGAUUGUUUACAAGGCGAUAAAAGACUUUGAUAUACAAGAAGAAAAAUCAAGUACUGGAGGAAGUUUGGUUGAGAUUGAUAGUAUCAAAAGGAGGAUCGAGGAAGAAUCGGAACAUGCUGCGUUGAGAAUAGCAGCGUUGACCGGGGUGCUGACUGAAAACGGCUACCUAAAACUUGACCCGCUCAUUAUCAAUCAUCCAAUUUACUCUGCGGGAUUGUAUCUCGCCAAUUUAGGUAGAUCGGAAUACCUCAUCUGCGUAGCCGGACUAAGACAGUACUCGAUAAUCUUCCCAAGCCUGUGGGAUCAAGCUGACCAUCUGGAGAGACUAUACAAGAAUGCAGCUUCACAUGUCAUUCGAGGGUCAGUCAGAAACAACAAUCUCUCAACCUCAUUAGCGAUGGAUCACGCAAUUGUUCAUAACCAUGACAGUGGAAGCGAACAACUAGAAGAUUGGGCACAGGCACUCUUCAACCCUAAUUUGCGAACAGCGCCACUACUCAGCGGAGCAAAAAGCACCAAUUCUUCGAAUGCUGUCACCGAGAGCGAUGGUCAUAUGAUCAACGGUAACACUGAAAACCUCUUCGACGAUUGUUUCCCGCAUAACAAUCCUGCUCCUGUGACUGCAUCUACUACCGACCCUGGUCCUGGUCGAGACCCAGUUCAAUUGAUGGGUGGUGGGUUGUUCUUGGGUGCAGGUAAGACAGCGACCCCAUAUGAUGGUCACUUUUGUAUUUGA